GAGGACUGGAAGUCUAGAGCACGUGGUAGGGAGCGCAGUACAGGGAUGUGCGGCCACGUGGGGGAGGAGGAGGCCCGAUAAUCGCUUAAUAUCGAUUUUAUUUUUACCGCAACAUUAGUUAUACACGGUUCACACAUGUCAUGUGACCAGUCAGGGUGGCCGCAGGAUGUCACCCGGAAAGGAUGUGGAGAGUCUCACCGGCCUGUGUCUGCAGAACAUCGCGGACAACAUGGAGAACGUCUGGAUGAAGGACUAUACUGACAAGAACAUGGAGGAAUACAGGUUCAUGUACAUAGAGGGGCCCUUCAACCAGAUGGCUGGGCCCUUGGUGCAGAACCUAAUCCAGAUCCUGGGAGACUCCCAUAAGUUGACUAAGGCUGGCCUCCACCUGCUGCUCCAGCCUCACCUUACCGAGCUAAGCCUCCGCUCAUGUGCCGGACUGUUCAAUAACGCCAUGGCCCAACUGGUGACUGUCCGCUGUAAGUUAUUGACCUCCCUUGACCUACACUCCUGUUCGCGCAUCCCAGCCUCGUCCCUGGUCUCAUUGAUAGAGCGCCUGCCUCGGCUCCAGAAGCUUUGCCUCUCCGAAACUCAGAGUGAUGCGCUUGUCUUGGCCACCAUCGGCACGUCUUGUCAGAGGCUUCGGGAGCUGGACGUCUCUCGAUGUAAGAAAAUCUCCCCGGCCUCUGUGCUCUCCUUGGUGUAUGAUGUAAAAAGCGGCCAGUUCUGCUGCCAGGGUCUGCGAGUGCUGCUCCUGCAGGACAUAAAGCCGCAGGGUGAGCAGUGGGUGUAUGCUCUAUGCUUUGUGUUACUGGCUCUUCCCGGCCUGAAGCAACUCGCCAACCCUUCUCUGGCCGAUGCCAUGCGUCUUCUGUACCUUAGGGACUUUAGCCCAUCUGGGUUCCCACCAGAGAACUUUCCCUCAAUGGGGGAGGUCGCUAGAACCAGGUCCAGGAGGACGGGUAAGUGCAACCAGGGGGUCGGGAUGGAGGACACAAGGGCGGCUGCACAUGAUUCCACUCUACACCUGAAGAAGCUAGAAGACCUUGAUGAAGAGGACGUUUCGAUUCUGGGAUGUCUGUGCCAAGGUCUGGAGGAGGUUGUCAUCUCUCUUAGGGGCCAACCUGAAUGUUCAUGGAGUCUUAUGCAAUGGCCGAACCUUACCCACCUGGCUCUGCACUGCCCUGAACAUCCUCUGAGGACCCUGGAGGAUAUCUUGCCCAGCAUCCAUCCUGUGAGUCACAGCCUGCGCAACCUGUCACUUCAGAACUUGCUUUGGUGCCAGGAAGACUCCCUGUCCACCCUGCUCACAUGGUGCACCAAGCUGCAGAGCUUCCAGGGCAUUUUUACUGUGUCCCGCUAUAGUGUGUCACAAAAUGUCCCGGAGCUGCCCCCCUGGCUCGGCAACCCUCUUCCGCUACCUCACCUGCACACUUUUAGCCUGCUCUUGGAAGGAGAUGACCCCAUCCAAGACUUCUUUAAGCACAAACUUGGGGGGUUCUUGGUGUCUCUUCUGAAGGGGUGUCCCAAACUGGAGUCUCUGUCGCUUUGUAAUAUCCCUGCUCUUCUUGAUACUGUGCUUGAGAUGGUCUAUGGGUCAACCCAGCCUGAGCCACUCUAUAAACUUCGGGAGGUUUCACUGUGCAACUGCAACGUCACCCAGUGGGGGGCAUCACUUAUUCUUAAGGCCAAGAACGACCUAAAGACCCUGGACUUGUCUCAUUGUAAGGACGUGACGUGUAGAGACUACCACAAGCUGCAGGAGAGGGUGCGAAAGGACAAGCGAAACGUUAACAUCGUGUGGCAGUAAA